AAUGAACUAGAUGACUAAUUAUAUCACAUGAUAUGUCCCGGCGGCAAAAGUCCGGACUUGCUUUGCUCAGUGCUUCGCGUGUCACAUGAGUGGAGGCAGCCCCCAAAGGUUGCAUCAUACCUAUCUGCGAACCUACAACGUACUCGCCUACUCGCCUACUCCGUACAAACUUAAAGCCCGAUUAUCUCCCACCACUAGGCAUCUUACCCCCAGCGGACCAGCCUGGCUACUUCUAUCCACCAACGCCCCAUCCAUCGCGAAGAAACAAGAUCUGGCAUCAAGCGCUGUUUCUGGCGUGUUCAGGCCCGUAAUAGACGUCUUUUCCUUCCCGGUUUUCGUCCCACGGAUCCUGGAGUGACGGCCCUCUUAACAGUCGAGUCUCCAUACCCCGCGCCCCGGGGAUAGAUCGCCUGAACGAUAUCCUCCAUCGAGCAACAGCCUCUUUCCGGUGUUUUUCGACGGACCUCCUGAAUCCACCUAAUCGAUCGUCCCCGUUACCACGUAUC